GACAGUCCAGAAUCAUGGCUCCAUCACUGACCAGCUUUGUGGCCCCCGGUUCUUCUUCACCUGUGAAACAGGUGUCCUGACUUCUCUGGGCCGCAUGUGGCGACACGUAGUUCCCCGCUCCUGUUUACUGGAUGCCUGCCGUGUACCAGGCACCGUGCUACGUGUGGGAGCCGCUAUACGCUAGACCCAGCUUUCGGAUGGGCAGACUGAGGCUCAGGACAGAGGUCACUCGCCCAAGAGCAGGAGGACCGUGAUUGGCUGUGCUGGAUCUGGAACCCAGCGAAGGCGUCACCCCGGUCGUAACUACCUUAUCUUGUAGGUUUGGAGACACCAACAGACCCCAAGCAAACUGACAGCCCAUGAGAAAAUUCUAGAUGGCGUGUGGAUCUGGCCGGGCGUUUCCCAUUUAGUCGUUAGGAACUGAGUUUAGGUUGGUGUAUGGUAAACAUACGGUAUCAGGAAAAAUGGCACCAGCGCCUCGUUGAUUUCUGAUUGUUAUUUAAACGGGGCUCGGUGGUAGAAGGGAGUCGACCAAAUACGUAUUUAAAAUGUGACACGAAGAUUUGGGGGAAGUGUGCUGGGAGGCCAGCUGGGAGUGACGUUCGCGUGGCACGUCCCAGGUGUCCUUGGGGCUUUAAUGGACUGGGCAAGUGCAGACCCAGGCGCCUCCCGCGGGGCGGGCCUGCUUCCUUCUUCUUCACUCUUUGGCCUUGUAAGGUCACCCGGCUGUUUGAAGGUCAGGGUCAACUCGAUUCUAAUGAGAUCAAGGUCGUGGGGUCACGUUGCUCUCGGGAACCCAAGGGGAAAGUUCACGGGCGGGAGUUACGCAGGGAGAGGAAUCUCUCGCCCUUCGUGCAGAGACGGCUCGGGGCGGCUUCCGGCAGCUGACGGUCCAGCUUCGUCCUCAGGCUGGUGCUGACGGGGGGCCAGCCCUUGGCGCCGCUGGACUGUCACAGACCCCCCUCCCUCCCACGGUGUGCAGGGGCAUGCCCUGAGGCUCGGGGUGUCCGUGACCUGCCCGGUCACAGCUGUGGGUCGUCUGGACUCUGUUUUACCUAAGAUCUCUAUAUUCUUUUUUUUUUCUCUUGUAAUGGAAAACAUCUCCUUAGUUUAAUGGUCCUCGUGCCUGACAUUUCACAGAGGGGAUCUGCGGUGUAGCAGGCAGCCUCCUGGUGCGCCCUCCUGGCUCCAGAGACAGGAGACGCAGUGGGGAGUGAGUGAGCGAGGGUGUGUCCGAGCUCUGGGCCUCGCAGGGGUGCGCGGUCCUGAUGUCACACCUGCCGUCUGCUGGCCACGGCCCCUGCUGGGCGAUGUUCCGAUGGCAGAGGCGCGGGCAGAGGGGCCGCCUCCUGUCUGGCAGGCGGUUUGGCAGAGCUGUGCUUAUACAGAGUGUGUGACAGGUGCUAGAGGGAGCCGUUCGAAGACCCCCACAGUGACCCGGGCUUGAACCUCUUCAGCGGUGUCAGAGCUCCCGACUCAGAGGCCUUCCUGGGCCUGGACCCCCGGUCUCCGAUCCCGGCCUGGGCCUGGUCCUACAGAACCGAGAGGAAAGGGCGAGGAGGCACCUUCUUCGACCUGCUGGCCUCCCCGGGGCGCGCCCCUUGCCCUCUGCUCAUCUGGGGACUCCUCCCACCUGACUACCUGUCUGGGAAUGUUUAUGGCGGCCCACAGAGGCCCUGCAGCUCGGCUGGAAUGUGAAGGGCCCUGGCUGAGCCGCAGCCGUGGCUCUGCUCCUUUGGGGCCUGUCUGGGCUUUGGGCUGUCUCGGUGCCCCGAGACUGCCUGGUGGGUUCUGGUUAGAGUGUGGGUGGACCGCUCCCGGAGACUGUGACCUGCAGCAGGAACGGGGUCACUGGCCGAUGACGAAGUGUGAAUGCCGAAAACGGUCCUGAGGGUGACUGAGGCGGAGCUGGAGUUCGUUGAGAUCACCAUCAUCGUGGUGGUGGUGAUGGUGAUGGUGGUGGUGAUCACGUGCCUGCUGAGCCACUACAAGCUGUCUGGUCGCUCCUUCAUCAGCCGGCACAGCCAGGGCCGGGGGAGAGAAGACGCCCUCUCCUCAGAAGGAUGCCUCUGGCCCUCCGAGAGCACCGUGUCAGGCGGCGGAAUCCCAGAGCCACAGGUGUACGCCCCACCGAGGCCCACCGACCGCCUGGCCGUGCCCCACUUCGCCCCGCGGGACCGCUUCCACCGCUUCCAGCCCACCUACCCGUACCUGCAGCACGAGAUCGACCUGCCGCCCACCAUCUCGCUGUCGGACGGGGAGGAGCCCCCGCCCUACCAGGGCCCAUAUAUUCUUGGAAAAUUCUAAUCUUUCUGACGCGAGUCGGUGCGCGCGCCCCCGAACAGAACCAUCUUCGACAGCGACCUGAUAGACAGUGCCAUGCUGGGCGGCCCCUGCCCGCCCAGCAGUAACUCGGGCAUCAGCGCCAUGUGCUACGGGGGCGGCGGGCGCAUGGAGGGGCCGCCCCCCACCUACAGCGAGGUCAUCGGCCACUACCCCGGGUCCGCCUCCUUCCAGCACCAACAGAGCAGCGGGCCGCACCCCCUGCUGGACGGGGCCCGGCUCCAGCACGCACACCUCGCGCCCCUGGAGAGCACAGCCGCCUGGAGCCAGGAGAAGGAUAAACAGAAGGGACACCCUCUCUAGGGACCCGGGCCGGGCGGCGGUGGGUAAAAAGGCGAAACACUCCGCACUUCUUAUGAGAGGAGGACCAGGUGACACACGGGCAGUGCGCGCGUCACCAGCCCCUCCCCACCUCUCUGUGUAUAAAUAUUUACGUGUCCUGUCUGGUCUGAAUGCAUAAGCUAAGAAAGCUUGCAAAAACAGCAAAAACGAAAACAAAACAAAACACGUUUCUGUGUUGAGCCCUGUCUUGAAGGCGAAAGGAAAAAAACAAACAAAAAAAAAACCAGAAAAAAAACUACCCUAAUCUUUUCUGUUUCUAGUCGAGCUACGUGCGUGAAUGCUUAUUUUCUUUUGUUUGUUUAUGAUGAUUUCACUUAACUUUAAAGACAUAUUUGCACAAAACCUUUGUUUAAAGAUCUGAAAUAUUAUAUAUAUAUAAAUAUAUAUGAAAUAAGAGAAACCGUAUGUGCAAGGGCAGGAGUAUUUUUGUAUUAGAAGAGUCCUAUUAAAAAAAAAAAAAGUUGUUUUCUGAACUAGAAGAGAAAAAUGGCCAUUUUUGAGUGCCAACUCAGAAAGUGUGUAUUACCUUGUAAAGAAAAAAAAAUUACAAACAGGGGUUUAGAGUUAUUUAUAUAAAUGUUGAGCUUUUGCACUAUUUUUUAAUAUAAAUAUGUCAGUGCUUGUUUGAUGGAGACUUCUAUCAGGUCUAUCGAGAAUUUUAAGGGAAAAAUGUUGAAUUUCGACGUCAGGCAGAGAGGGUGUGCUCCACACGGAGCCUGGGGAGAGGCCUCCGGCCGGGCCCCUUUCCUGCAAAGUGGAAGCUUCUGUCCAGUGAGUAGGUGAUUACCUCGUUACACAUUCCCUCCCAGAGGGGACACAGAUUUUCCCCUCUGGGCCAGGACAGUUUUUGGAUCACAAACAAAACAGAGGAAAGUCACUCGAGGCACCAAGUUCCAGGCGGUGGCUUUGCCUUUCCCGAAAUGAAAAUAAACUGUUACUGAAGGAAUUUUAGUUUUUCUUCCCAUUUUUUUCAGCCACGAAGGUCCCGGUAGGAAGGGACUGAGGUGGUCCUCGCAAGCUGUCACUGUGUUGCCAGUGACCCGCCUGAGGGGUGUAGACGGCUCGUUUGUGCAGAGUGCUCUGGUGGCGAGGUCAGCGGGCUCCAGAAUUUGUCGGCUGAGGUCCGUGCAGUCCCCUGGCAUAUAGGAAAGGCCCAAAGUAUUACAAAUAGGACCGCGUCUCUGUCUCUGUCUUUCUGUAUUAAUUCUCACUUAACAGGGCCAAUCCACAGAAGACCAGAGGUGAAACCGUGACACACACAGGUUUCUCCCAGGACACGCAAAAGGGUUGAGUAAGGAAGACAGGUCCACUGCAACCCUGCGCUUGAUGCUUUAGAAGCAGAAUUCUCUACUUCUUACGUCCAUUCCCUCCCCCUGGAAACGGUCACGUUCGACGUGUCUGUUUAUGUGUGUUCUCAUAAGCAUCUUUCUCAGACACAGCUUGUUGACCAGGAUUUUAGUAGGUCUGGGUGUGGCGAGCCCCCUUGGGUGGUGGUGGCAUCAGUGAAGAAGCGUGAGUGGGCAGGUAGACGUGACAGUGGCUGAAGCAGGAGACCCUCCAAUGCAAUCUGGGCUGGGGGACCCCCAGCUGGAAGAGCAGCCCCCUCCCCCACCCCUCCACCCCACGGAGGCGUCUUCCUUUUCGGCAGAAUGCCACCUGGCAACCUAACGUAAGAAAAAGGUGUAAGAGGCAAUAACUGUUGUUUUUAAGCAACUUUUUUAUUACUUGAAAAACAGACAACCUGAGAACAGUUUUGAUGUUCUGACCAUCGGAACUCUAUUUAUAUACACGUUUUAAGAACAUGGCGACCCACGGCCGUAGUGUCGUCUGGGCGUCGGCCGACCAGCCUGGCAGAACGUGUUUGUACCUUAACAGUCAAACUCGCCUCUCCGUGGGGUCUUCCGCCUGCAACUUGCUUCCCUCUCAAACAGGAUUCUUUUCAAAUGUCGUGCAGAGAAAUCAAUACAGUUUGUCCUGAAGGGUACAGGGACACAUUUAUAGGUAUCAUUUUUAGAACAUAUCUUUAUGUGGAGCGUCUCCCCAGUGCCUUAGUGAAGAAGCAGUUGGCUCUCUCGUCACCGGGCCAGGCGUCCCUGCGUGGUGCCCGGCGCACUCGGGCGGCCAAGGGCGGCUGCUUCUCUCCAACGUCCCCACCACUCUCCCGUGUCGUGACCCGCCCGCCCCCACCUGGGACGUGCCUCGCUUGGUCAGGACCCCUCCUACCCUCCAGCCUCCCUGGUCAAGGACCGUGUUUAACGCCCGUCUGGACCGAAACCUAGACGUGGACCUCGGUUGUGUGAGGAGCGUCAGUCUGGAGCUGAGGUCCUGGAGCCAGACUCCGAAGCCGGCUGCUCGGCGGCGUGGUCCGCGUCUGCCGGAUUUCAGCCAGUUAGGGGAAGGGAGCAGGAGAGGGCGACUGGCCUCGGCUGGCUCGAGGGCGAGCACGCCCUGCUGUUGCAGCCCAGGCCACCCCCCAGGCCACCCCCAGGCCACCGGGCUGCAAUGCCCCUGGGCUUCGUGCUCGGAAGUGUUUUUGGGGGGGCAGGCAGCUUGUCAAAGCCAGGGUGCAUCCCAAGAAAGCUGGUGGUGUGUUUCUGGAAGCUUCUGCUGUAGCUAAGCUCUUGGUUUCUCUGUGGACCCCAGAGCGUGAGGGGCAGGCUCUUUCCUCUAGAUGUGGGCUGGCAUGCCGUUGUGUUUGAAAAGUCUUUGAGCACCCCUCAGGAGGCCCCCCUUUUCCAAUAGAAAGUUGGGAGGGGUGUCUCAGAAGUGGCUGGUUUGACGGGGGACCAGGUUGGGCUCAGCUUUCUCAAACCCUCGUUGCUUCUUUGUUUCCCUGCUUGUCAAUCGCAUUUCUCACCCCCACCCCCGAAGCCCGGGUCUACGCAGACGCAGCCGGACUUAGCAAAGUCCACUAAGGGUCAUCCACGUUCCCCAAAAGCCCAGGGGUUUUUCAAAGAGCCAAAGGCGAAGCAGCGCCCCCGCCCCCGCCCAGCGAGCACUGAUUCCGUUCCUUGUCCACGUCUGUCUGCUCUGUGAAUUGUCCAUUUCGGAGAUUUCUUUUUCCUGUGUGCGACACAAAGCUUCCAGGUCCGCAGCACAUCCCAGUGAUCAGGAAAGAGAUUUUUUUUGCCCCCGGAAUCCGCACUCCAGAUUUUGCUGUGCUCCAGAAUCGAGAAGGAUGCCGUGUGCUCGUUGGCCUGCCUGACCCCUUGGUGGCUGUGGGAUGGCGGUGCUUUCCCGUGGUGGCCUUGGUGUUGGAACUGCUCUCCCGUGCAGCCCUGUCUCCCGAGUUCUGUGAGACUUCUGUAAACUCGGUGGCACGGCCGGAUGCAGCCCCCACGUCGCUGCUGCGUAAGACUCUGUACUCGGACGCCGGUCCACGGGCCUGAUGGAAUGCUUGUGUAUCAGUGAUUAUUAGUGGAAUGAUGACGUUCUGGAAAGCUGCAAUACUUAUACAAUAAAUUUUACAGUUCUUUGGA